AUGCCUACACACGUACAUGAGAACAUAGCACUGCUCAAUAUGAUGUCUUCAGACAAUUUCGAAGAUGAAUUGAAAAGCGUUCAAUUACAUUUCCCAUCAAAUAGACGAUUGCACAACGACGGCGCAUGCGUAGAGGAGAGGGUGAGGACUUCCCGCGGAGACCUACUCGUCGCCGUCCGCGGGGACCGCAGCAAGCGCGCCAUCAUCACUUACCAUGACCUUGGUCUCAACUAUGCCGCCAACUUCCAGGCCUUCUUCAAUUUCAUCGACAUGAGAGCUAUAUUGGAUAAGUUUUGUAUCUAUCAUGUAACCGCGCCGGGACAAGAGGAGGGCGCCCCCACACUGCCCGAGGAUUAUACUUACCCUAGCAUGGAUGCAUUGGCUUCCCAAAUAGAUUUCAUUUUGGGACACUUUGGGAUAAGAUCCUUUAUUGGAUUUGGAGUAGGUGCCGGCGCCAACAUUUUGGCGCGCUAUGCUGUCGUUAGUCCUCAAAAGGUAGACGCACUAAUUUUGAUUAAUUGCACAUCAACUCAAGCCGGGUGGACUGAAUGGCUAUAUCAGAAAAUAAACACUAGACAGCUGCGAUCGAGUGGCAUGACACAGGGGGCACUGGAUUAUUUAAUGUGGCAUCAUUUCGGGCGCAGCACUGACGAUCGCAACCAUGACUUAGCACAAGUUUACAAGGAGAGUUUCUCGCAUGUAAACCCGAUCAAUCUAGCGAUGUUCAUCGAUUCAUAUUUGCGCAGGACAGACCUGAGUAUCUCAAGGGACACGCACACUAUUAAAGUGCCUGUUCUGAAUGUGACUGGUGCUUUGUCACCCCAUGUAGAUGACACGGUGACGUUCAAUGGACGGCUGGACCCGUCCAAGACGUCGUGGUUGAGUAUCUCCGACUGUGGCAUGGUGCUGGAGGAACAGCCGAGUAAGAUAGCAGAAGCAUUCAGGUUAUUCCUGCAGGGCGAGGGUUACUGCAGGUAG